AGAGCGCUUAACCGUCCCACCAGCCUGACCUCCGCAGAGAGAAAGUGAAUUAAACAAACUGCCAUCAUGACAGGAAGAGAAGAGGCUAUAGACGAAAAACCUAAGGUUAAACUGUAUCCCUCAUUUGGAAUCGACAAAUCACGCCUCAAUGGAUCUGGAUUUCGGUCCAAAGGUUUCGCAAUCACAGACCUGCUCGGUCUGGAGUCGGAUCUUCAGCCGCAUCAGUCCGGUCCGGGCGCAGUGGUCAAUGGAGAGGGGCAGAGCACGGCGGUCGGAGGAUUUGCCUUCCCGGGAGGCUCUUUGCCGCUCGGCUUGGGUUUUCUCUGUAGUUUGGCGGCACAACAACCUCCCGGGGCCCCGUGUUUUCUCCCGAGCCACAUCCCGCUCCUGCAGUCACGGACAGAGAGCCACUUCAUGCAGAAUAUGGAACAGCAACGGGACGCCUAUUCCGAUGAUGAUUGUCUUUCCGGGGAUCACAAUGAUGGAAAAAACUCAGGGAACUCUCAAAAGAGGAAAAAGCGAAGGCACAGGACAGUUUUCACCUCACAUCAGCUUGAGGAGCUGGAGAAAGCCUUCCAUGAAGCGCACUAUCCAGAUGUUUACGCAAGAGAAAUGCUGGCCAUGAAGACAGAGCUACCGGAGGACAGGAUACAGGUAUGGUUUCAAAACCGCCGUGCUAAGUGGAGGAAAAGAGAGAAGUGCUGGGGCCGUAGCAGCGUCAUGGCAGAAUACGGGCUGUACGGUGCCAUGGUCCGUCACUCGAUUCCACUCCCAGAAUCCAUCAUCAACUCGGCCAAGAAUGGAAUGAUGGGCUCGUGCGCUCCCUGGCUUCUAGGUGAGCCAGCAGGAAUGCACAAAAAGUCUCUGGAAAUAGGGAAAAAACCUCCCGGCACACCUGAAUCGACACACUCAGAUUCGUAUUCAGAGGAACACAAGGGGAAAGACAGCGACAUGACAUGGUCAAGUGGAGCCAAUGGAGCAGACGACUCAGAGGACAUGGCAAUAGACUUGUCCAGCACUUCGAAACAAGAGAGUAAAAGCACUUUGAAAAGAUCACCCCCUCGCACAAGAGACAGCAGCGAUUCUGAAAAUGAGAGUUAAAUGUGCAAACGAAUAUGGACAAUUUUGAAGUGCACAUACAAGGACUAUCAGUUUACAAUAUCUCACCUUUUGACAAUGGUUUUGUAUGUCAGCAUUCCUGUGUUAUGUUAUUUUUUUUUUUUGUCGUUCAUCAAAUAUUUGAAUACUAGAGACUGUUUUAUUCCGAAUGAUUUUAUCUUUGAUGUGUAAUAAUUAUUAUUGUAAAAAGUAUUAAAUUACAUGUUUUAUGAGGCGUUCAUGGGCAUUAUCCUUUUCUUUUUCUGUCAAAAAAUCUCAGCUGUUCAGGGUGACCACUUGUUCAGCACCACUAUUGUGAAUGUCAUAAUAUUUCCCUGUUUGUAAUAUGACAUGUUUUUGGGGAACAGAAAGUUCCUAAAAUGAUUUUUAAAGCACUUUACCUGCUGUGAUGAUGAAUGUUUUGUAUCGAUCAAUGUCAUCAGAGCAAUAUAUUACCAGCAAAAACAAAUCCACAUCACAAAAUAUUAAACAUUUUAUGCUUUUGA